CCCCUCGGCGGCCCGGGGUGGAGGGUUCUAGAAGGCGUGACGUGGGGUCGAGAGCGGGCUCAGAGGCGGGCGCCUCUCAGCAGUCGCUGUGGCCGCAGCUGCCGGGCCUGGGGACGCGGGCGGCCGGGGCCGCGGACGCAGCCUCCUCGUCUCCCCGGCCAUGGCCGCGCUCGGCCGGCCCUUCAGCGGCCUCCCUCUGAGCGGCGGCCCGGACUUCCUGCAGCCGCCGCCGGCCUUCCCCGGCCGGGCCUUCCCGCCGGGAGUGGACGGCGCCGAGCUGGCCCCGCGGCCGGGACCCCGCGCCUCCCCGAGCAGCCCCGGCGGGAGCGCGGCGCGCGGACGUGUUUCAGUUCGCUGCAAAAAGAAACACAAGCGAGAGGAGGAGGAUGAUGAUUGUCCAGUAAGAAAGAAAAGGCUAACUGAAGCAGGGCUGUGUGCUGGUCCUAAUGACUGGAUUCUUUGUGCACAUCAGGAUAUAGAGAGUCAUGGAGUAAAUCCGUGUACUAGUGGCCUCUCUGCACCUGGCAUGUUAGAUGUAAUUUGUGAAGAAAUGGAUCAGACAACGGGAGAACCACAGUGUGAAGUUGCCCGAAGGAGGCUUCAGGAAAUUGAGGACAGGAUAAUUGAUGAAGAUGAAGAAGUUGAAGCUGACAGAAAUAUUAACCAUCUCCCCAGUCUUGUUCUUUCUGACACCAUGAAAACAGGUUUGAAGAGGGAAUUUGAUGAAGUCUUUACAAAGAAAAUGAUUGAGUCCAUGAGCCGUCCUUCCAUGGAGCUUGUGCUCUGGAAACCUCUCCCUGAACUCCUUUCUGAUAAGCCAAAGCCGUCAUCUAAUGCUAAGAACUACACAGGAGAGAGCCAAACCAAGCAUGCAGCUGCCGGCACUGCCUUCCCUGGGAGAACUGAACUGUUCUUGGAACCUCGGCAAACAGGGAUCCCUGUUUACAGUGGUUUGGAGACAGCCGCUUGCACAGAAGAAGAGAUGGAACUCUAGAAACCAGUUUCUGUGCUAAAGUUGUCAAAUUUUAGAAGGCUCAUGUAUUUAGUCGUGAGCCUACUUGUAUAGUAUAGGGACUUGAAAGUUUUAUAAAACGGGUGUAAUAAUAUCUCCACCUGUGAUUUGGGGUGGGACUCUUCAUUUUGGGUAGCCAUUUCUUGAAUCCAACUUUUUGCCAAGGAAGCUUGUCUCAAGGGAAAAGCAGUUUUCCAGGGGGCUUAUUAAGGGAAUGUGAAAUUGCGGCCUGCAGAGGCAAGUAUAAAAGCUGUGUAUCUAAGGGUGACUUAAGUCAUCUGUUACAUUAUCUAAACCAUUCAGAUAAUCAGAGAAAAUUCAGAUGCUUGAAUCUGAAAAAGAUGCAUUAAGAAAGAAGGAUGCUCCUACUAUGACUGUGCCCUGACAGUUGAGUCACAACUUCCAUCUAUGGAUAUAGGAGCUCUGUUUACGAUGGUGACUGUGUAUGAUUGGGAAGAGGAGGGAGAAAAGCAGUAGCUUAAGCCUAUUGCUAAGAGAUUUAACAGAGGCUCUGAAACUUGUAUGUUGUCUGUUCUGUGUAUCUAUAUUGAUUUAAUAGCUGGUAGCAUUGUGGCUCACCUCUUAGCCUCUGCAAAUGCAAUGAAAAUAGAAAGAAAAGGUUUUUCCUUCAAGGCUUUUUUGCCUUGUGCUACUGUUGCUCCUUGGUUUCCCUUGCACGACUCUUCAGGAGUGUUUACAACGUAAUUAACUUUGAACGAUAGUUAAAAAGUGAUUGUGAGGUAACCCAUGUGUAAAUUGGCUACGGAAGAAAGUUCCCUUAAGUAAUCCCAAGGAACUGCCAUGUCAGCUAAGCCCAGCAUUGAUAGAUAUUUUUAAAAGGUUAUGCCUAUGUUAGCAAGUCGAGUAUUUUAGUGUUAACGUAGAAAACAGUGACAGAAUAAUGAACUGAGAACAUAUGGGUGAGUGACAGUGAGAUGUACUGAACUAGCCACUUUGCCCGGUGCUUCAGCUGUUGGUGCAGUAAACCUCAGAGUUAAUAGAGAACAGCUUCCUGCUAAUAGGACAUCUUCAUCUUGAGGAACUAAACCAGGCUCAAGGUGUCCUUUGGGGAUAACCAGGAUUGAAGUUUUUUUAUUUCUCAGGAAGGGCUCUUCUGUGUGGCAAGGACUCAGUAGUGCCGAUUAAAACAACACUUCCUUUAGUGCUCCAGAAUAUCCACUAUAACUUAUUAAAUGAGUGUAAUAGUGUAAUACUGGCCCUUAAAACACACAAUGGGAGACCACCCCAGUUCUUUUUGUUCUGUUUUGUUUUCCGGGUUUCUUCCUCCUUUGUAGGAAUCAGAUAUCUUAUGUAGAAAAAAAAAAAUGGUUUAUGCCAAGUAGAGGUGACUUUUGAGAAACCAGCUCCCAGGCAUUUUUGAAACCCAUGCUGAAAUCCCUCCCCUUGUAACAGAUGGCGUAGAAGUAACAAGUCUGUUCAUUGGACUGUUUCUUCCUUUGCCUGUUGUUCCUGCUUUCUCUAUUUCUGUCUGGAUAGUCAGGAAAAGAUUUAAUGUUUAAUAUUUAAACAAUAUUUAAUGUCUACACAGUAAAAUUAUUCGAACUUCAAACCAGUAUUAAAACCAGUUGGAAACCAGCUAAUAGUUUCUUAAUCUCAGAUUUAGAGAUGAAUGUAAACUGUAUUCUGUUGAAAUGUGCAAGUGUUUGAUUCAUGCUGUUUGAAAAACUCCUGCCUUUAGGUCAUUGUUUAAUGGGACCAACUUACAAAGUUUGUAGCCUUAAAGAAAUCACCGUGCUAAAAAAUUUUGUUCUGGUGUAACUUAAAAACGUGAAGUGACCAUCCAGAAUUUGGAGUUCGUCCCAGUGUUAGGGUGGAAGGGGUGACGACUUUCCAGAGAAGGACCCAAAACACACUAAGAGUGUCUUCGAUAGGAAUUGUGGGGCAAGCCUCUGCUCGAAGGUCUGUAUGAGGAAAAGGAGGAACAGCUCCAAAACAAGGUUCUGAUACCACUGGUAACUAUAGGAGAGAAUUAAGAAUCUGUUCAUUAAAAUCCAAACAACUUGUUUCAGGAGUCAGAUUAUCUGACGUGAUUAAUUAUUUCUGCAGGAAAAUGGAUGUUUAAUGCUCCUUUUUAAACUUUAUCCUUUUGCAUAUGUUUGUACAGAAAUUUUCUUCAUCCUUGUGGUGCUUAUUCAUCUGAGCCGUUUCCACAGUCUCCAUGCCUCUGCUUUGUUUUUCUUUGUUUUUCUUUUAUAGUGUAAGGCUUUUGCUUUUGCCUUAAGGUUUCCCUAGGGAAUCAACAGGUCUUUUCAUUUCGUACAGCUUUGAAGCAUGGAUCAAACAUUGGCUUAUUAUGCUAAUGUGUGAAGAGAGAAACUAUCUAAAGCAGGUGAGCUUUAAUGAACAAAUGUAUAUUUUCUCUGAGUUUGAGUAGGUGUGUGUGGGUUUUUUUUUUUUAAUAUAAAGUUAAGUCCAGUUCUCAAAAAUAUUAAUCAGUCGUUAAAAAAAAAAACAAAAACUCAUUUUCAAAAAAGGUGCAAAUAUAAAAUUUAGAAAAAAACAAACUAGGGUGUGGGGCUAGAACCAUGAGAAGAAAUGCUUAUUUAUAAGCAGGUUCGUUAAUUAUUUUGGAUUUGAAAUUUGGUUUCAUUAUUUAAUAGUGACAAGAAUGGUGUAGUACUAGGAAGGUUCUGGAAGAUACUGUCAACUUUAAAAUGAGAAUCUGGUGUUUCUGUAUUUUAUUGUUUUCAAUAAAACUUCUUAAGUGUUUUGA